UCGAUCAAAGCAGCGGCGGUAAGUCUGUCCCUAGGCCGAUUUGAUUGUAAUGGAACGCUGGUUAACCUUGUGUUCCGUUCCAUUAGAAACAAAUUGGUUAGUUUUUAAUUUGAUCCUGAUGAAAUUUUAAUAUAUUGUAUUGGUAUGGAGAGCUACACAGAGGUCUCAAGAGGUAGUGAUCCUGCAGAUGUGCUGACACAGUUCCCUGACUUCAGUCAUGCUGCUCAUCUGAUGGUGUACUGCAAGUGGCCUGGGAAACUGUUUGGAAAGUACGAGUACAAAGCCGUGGCAAUGAUGCAGAUGAGGUUUGACGGCAUGCUUGGUUUCCCAGGGGGUGUGGUCGACGAGGGGGAAACCCCUCAACAAGCCGUAACCAGGGAAUUCAAGGAGGAGGUGGGCUGUGACGAUGGAAUGGUUACCAUAACAACAGCAGACCACAUCUGCACACACUACUCACACCACACACGACUGUGUCUACACUUUUUUGCUAAAGAAGUUACUCGCGACGUUUAUUUGAAUCUUGAAAAAUCUGCACUCACAGCAAAAGAUUGGGGAAAAGAGGUAUUUGGAGUGAUCCGAGUGCCCCUAUAUACUCUACCCAAUGGACUGGGAUUGCCAGGAUUUCUGAAGAAUGCAUUUAUAGGAAAUUCUUUAAUGCAACUUGGCCUGAGUUUAACUCGAGGGGGGCUACUAACUGAGGGAGAGUGGGCGGAGGCUCUUAGUACGAGCAGUCAUGUGACUGGACUUGUUAAAAAGGAAGAAAUUGACUAUUAGAAUUAUUUAUUCUAUUACUGAAUUAUUAUUUUAUUACCUUAAUUACCACGCACACUGCACUAUAGUCUGACAGCUGUAUGCUGCAUUGACAGAAAGAUUUAUUUUUUAAAUUGCAA